UGGUGCCUCGUGCGAGUUGUACGCCCUUUCUUUUCUCUGCUUCAUACUUUUGAUAGUAGGUAUCAACAUUGAUGCUUUGUCGAACCGUCCGCUCAGAUUAAUUAGACCGGUUACUCUGACACACCCCGACAGUUACCGAAUGUCUCAGACAUUGCUGUUUAGCGGUGAUGUUCUGGUAAACAAGGGAGCAUCUGUUCCUUGUGGUGAUGAGAGUGAAACAUCGUAUCCACAUCAGAAGAGCCUUCGGUGGACGGUAGUGGCAGCUCGGGAUAUCGAGCUUAGUGGGACCCAAUGAUGGUGCGCUUAUUGGUGGAAUGCAUUCUAUGUUUCAGAAGUAGGGACAGGGGAAUUCUUCUAGACCAUGGCAAGAAAGAGAAAUAAGGGUCAACCUAUCCUACCUGCUGACAUGGCUUGAUGUAGUACAGAUUUGUAUAUAUAAACAGUGAACCCCUCGACAACAGAUGCACUGGCUGAAACCAAGAUUCGGCCAUCCACUCCCUCACCAUGAGAGGAAUUGUCGCUCUCUCUUUGCUCUCUGUGGCGCUGCGCGUCACGGCGGCCUUGACCGAAUCCAACUUGCACAAAUACCCUGGGGUGCUGGCACUUCAAAAUUCCUUUAACCCCAUCAAGGAGGCCUACUGGACUGGGUACCCUCACCAUCGGCGAACUCCAUUUGCUGUCUCUCCUGAUGGAAAGUCCGCUUUCAUUGCCUACCUUGACGCGAGCGAAACAAACAUUCAUGUGCAGCAAGUGGAUGUAGAAACAUUCAAGGCGACCGGAACGUCGGUUACAGUGUCCGGUGGCAAGGAAGUGGGCGGACUCGUUGCCCAUAAUGAUGGUUUUGCCCUCCUGACAAAUGAGGCCAUGCCAUCUGGAACGACAAAUGCACCCCCCAGCGACACACCAGUCCCGGUCCUUUACCGAUACACAGAUGGGAAACAGACGUGGAAGACGUGGCUGGGUGGACCCGGUGUCCACGAGACGGACGGUCUCUCCGCGUCGCCCGAUCUCAACGGCGACCUGGUCUACUCUGAGGAAUCGGGUCUCUACGGCGCCUACUUUGUCGUCACAGACUACUCUGGCGAUGCAGCAGGACACUACGGUGACAGUAUUCAGUACGUUGCAGAUAAUGGAACACUGGUCACGAUCACCGGGGCUAGCAGCGCCUGGGGCUGUAGCCAUAACACAGGUAUCGCUUUCGAGUCCGCCGAUGAACCUCCAUUCGCGAGCAUCUGCGCGGAAGAUCAGGGGGCUAUUUGGCUGAAUACCAGAACGCUGGGAAUGUCAAGUGACGGGGUGAAGAUCUCCAAUGAGAAUACCACCAACGGCGCCUCCGGGGAGCCCAUGGGUGGCAUGUCUGGGAGCUACAGUGCUCUUGCUCGGUUUGCGGAAAGCAGUCGGUAUAUCUUCGCCUGGGUUUCCCGUGGUGCGAUGGAUCUCACCGAAAACACGUGGAUGGGGAGUGGCUACACUCAUGCCCUGAAUCGCACCAACAACCGCAACGUCGCCAUCUCACUGUUCUCCGAUAAAUACACCAUUGUUGGAGAGCAGGCGACCUCGGAAGUCGGCGCUGAAGACGGCGAUGCCCAGAUCAAUUGGCUGACCGAAGGCGCCAACGACUGUUCGAAUGCGCAUGCGGCGACGUUCGGGAACCACAGUGCACUCGUGUCGUGGGAGGAGAUCUCGGAUCCCAUUUGUGACUUCGUGGCGAUGGGAUGCCGGGGGCAGUUUGCCGGCACAUUCUUUCAACAGGUGGAUUCCCAUGGGAACCAGGUCGGCAGCCCGUUGAAAAGCACAGAUACCUUCGUUGCAGGCGAUCUGGUGACAAUGGCUGAUGGUCGAAUCUGCUGGCCCUAUGUGAGUAUGGACUGGGACUUAUCGCAGGCUGUGUAUGCAUUGGCCUCGGCCACCACCACGCAAAUAAGCUUUGCCUGUAUCGAUCUCACGGGAAACUCUUCCUCCAAUGCAACCUCAUCGAGCAGUGCAAUAGUAGGAUCGGAGAACGCCUCCGAGUAG